AUGGCCGACAAGACGUCAGAUAGCUCCGUCACGCCCUCCGAACAGUCGCCCGCCAACACAAUAACCUCCGCUCCAACAUCAUAUUUCUACCCCUUCGCAACAUCUCCUGACAUUAUCCGCUCUCACGAGAAGGAUGCUUAUAUUGUCUCGACUCUCACAAAUCAAUCACAAUCAAUUAUACGCUCAAUCAAGGGAGCGCGAUACGCUCACGGCAACGCCGAUACCAUCAAGAACCUGACAGAACUCCUCUAUUUCUCCCUCACAACAUUGAUUGGUAAUCGAACGCUAGGCGAAGAAUACUGCGAUGUUGUGCAGCUUGAAACGGAUACGUUACAACUGCCUUCAAUCGUACGACGGUCCGGAUACAUAUUCAGCAGUAUAAUAAUACCUUGGGUCUUGGGUCGAUCUUUACCUUCGAUACGAGCGAGGUUUCGAGCAAGGCUAGAGCGAAGUAUAGCCAGACAACGAGCAAGGGCGGCAUUGAAAAGCACGCUUUUACAGACUGGCAAUUCUUCGACGAAAAAGAAGAGCCAGUCGAUGUUCAAUCCGUUGCGCAUUCAAGAAUAUAUCCUAGAACAUCUUGACUCGUUAACUUCGCCUUCGCAUGUAUACGCUCUGAGUCUAGCAACAUUCUAUUUCACAGGCGCAUACUAUCAUCUGUCGAAACGUCUCUGGGGUCUUCGAUACGUCUUCACAAAGCAAAUCGGCGAGAGCGAACAGCGAGUCGGCUAUGAAGUCCUAGGUGUGCUUCUGGUCUUACAAAUGACCAUACAGGGCAUAGUCCACGUGCGCGAUACUCUACAGCAGCCUUCCACCCAAACCGAGAAAAUUGCAGAUACGCAAGCAGCAUCAGCAUCGAAAGGCGACGCCCCAUUAUCCUCCGUCCAGAAUCCAAUAUCAAUACCAACUCUAACGGCUGCAAUGGCACGUUAUGACCUAGCCGAAAACCCGCAGGCAAUUUCAUGGAUACCAGAGGGACAGCAUCAAAAGUGCACACUGUGUCUUGAGCCGUUCAAGGAUCCUAGUGUGACUACAUGCGGACAUGUGUUUUGUUGGACUUGUAUUAGGGACUGGGUCCGGGAGAAGCCGGAGUGUCCGUUGUGUAGGCAGGAGGCGCUUCCUUCGAAGAUAUUGCCUGUUCGGGGUUAA